GACGGAGCCUGGUGCAAAGGAAACUUCCAGGAAGUGAGAACUGCAGGACUGAGCAAAGGCAGAGAAGCAAAACUGCAAGGCGAAGGUAGCGAAAUCCGUCGCUGUUUCGGUGACGAAUUCUUCUCUCCUUGUGGACCAUGUGGAAUCCCAAUGCAGGCCAGCCUGGUGCCUACCCUGGGGCAGCCUAUCCUCCCAACCCUUCCUACCCUGCUGGCUCCAAUCCUGCUUAUCCUCCAGCCGUGAAUCCUGGUUUUCCCCCAGGCCCUGUUCCUGCUGGCUCAUAUCCCAUCCCCCCAGGCCAACCUGCCUACCCCCCGGGCCAUCCUGUUCAGCCCCCGUAUCCAGGUCACCAGCCGGGCUACCGUGUCCAACCUGGUGGCUCCUACCUUCCGCCUGCUCCUGGGAUGCCUGGAGGGAUGGGGGUUAACCCUUUGCUGCCUGGAGCUGUUGUCGUGGGCACCCACGUCUUGGAUAAGAAGACAGAGAAGAAGAUGAGGAAGAAGAUGAAGAAGGCUCACAAGAUGCACAAACCGCACAAGCUCCAUAAGCUGCAUGGCAAGCAUUCCUCCUCUUCCAGCAGUAGUGAUUCUGACUGAGACUUCUCCUUACCUUCUAACCGUACCUUCUUCCCACGAAUGCCGAUCCUCUCACUAUUUCCUGCUUCCAUCCAAUGCUAAUCUAUUGAAUAACCACCAGAUGAAAAAUGACUCCUCCUAGCAGCUCAUCCUGUUCUUACAGGAUCCUGGUCCAAAGAGUUAAGAUUAUCCCACUGGCAUACAUACCUGCCUGCAAAGCCUCAUGGGAACUCUGAUGAAGUUGAUUACAUACAGCUGGAGCGAUCAGAUGCUAGAUCGGGAAGCCAUCAAGCUGGUAUAAAGAACACUGUCAUUGACCGUAAAUAAAGUAUUCUAUUCUAUUCUAUUCUAUUCUAUUCUAUUCUAUU